GGGUCAGGCGUGAGAGAAGCGGGGGCUGGGAGAGCGCUGGGGCUGGGAGAGCGCUGGAGCUGCUUAGGGAGCUUCUGGCUCCUCCGCGGUUUGGAGCCUCCAAAAGGAUGCACGGGAUUCCCGAGUGGGGAGGUGUGUGGGGUUGUCCCAUGCCCGUGCUUCGCAUCUCCGUUUUGAAACCAGGGUGAAAGUCCAUCCUGGAACACAACUCACUGACAGACAGAGGGUUGAGCCCUGUACCCCAUCCCUGGCCCACCGGUGUCCAAACUCACUGGAUGGAGGGUCACAUGGAUCCCUUUGUGGGGGCAAGUUGGGGUUCGGGAUGGUCCUUGUGCACAGGAGAGGAGGGGUCAGGCCCAGGGUAGGCUGGAGCACCCUGAGCACUCCUCCUUCCUGGCCUUUGCCUUGGCUCAGCCUUUCCGCCACGCCAGCCCGGAUCCCUGGCUCUGUCCUGCGCCCUCCGCCGGCUCCCCGGGGCUGUCCCCCAAGUCUGCUCCCUGCGGGACCCCCCCUGCCCAGCGUUGCCCUCUGGCCCCCGCAAGAUCCAGCAAGCGAUGGAGGGCGAUCCCGCCCUGCGCCUUCGUGUCUUUGACCUCAACUGCUGGGCCAUUCGCUACCUAAGCAAACGGCGGCAGGAGCGCAUCCAGCUCCUCGGGGACAUGCUGCGCCAGGAGAGCUUUGAUCUGGUGCUUCUUCAGGAGGUGUGGAGUGAACGGGACUACAGUGACCUGAAGGUGAAACUAGGAGGCUGUUACCCCUUCUCUCAUUACUUCCGCAGGUUCCCCAUUCUGGACACGCUCCUCUACCAGUACUCACUGAAUGGGUACCCCUACAUGCUCCAACAUGGGGACUGGUUUUGCGGCAAAUCCGUCGGCCUUGUCAUCAUUAGGAUCUCAGGGAUCAUCUUCAACAUCUAUGUCACCCACCUGCACGCCGAGUACUGCCGGGAGAAGGACGCCUACCUGCCCCACCGCCUGGUGCAGGCCUGGGAGCUGGCACAGUUCAUCCGACACACCUCCAAGGCGGCUGAUGUGGUGCUGCUGGGAGGGGACCUGAACAUGCACCCCGAAGAUGUGGGCAUCCGGCUGCUGCGUGGCUGGACGGGGCUGCGGGAUGCCUUUGCUGAGGCCACACACUUUGAGGGCUGUGAGGAUGGCUGUACCCUUGUCCCCAACAACUGCUUCACUGACAAAUCAGAGCUGCUGCCCUUCCCACUGGGCAUCCGCAUCGAUUACAUCCUCUACAAGGCCAUCUCCAGCUUCAUGGUAAAGUGUGAAGAGCUGAAGACCACCACAGGGGCAGCUCCGGGCAUGGACGUCCCCUUCUCAGACCAUGAAGCUGUGAUGGCAACACUGCACAUCCAGCGGCAGGGACAGACUGCGGGUGCCACCCUCACCACUGCUGAGCCCAUGCUGGUAGAUGUGGUGACAGAGGCACGGACAGAGGUGGCCGUGGGGCUGCGGGCAGCACAGCGGCAGCGCUACUCCUCGGGCAGGAUGGCCCUGCUGGCCCUGCUGCUGCUGCUGCUGCAGGCCGUGGCUGCACUGGGUGCGCUGACAGGGCUGGACGCCGGGCAGCCCUUCCCCAAGCUCUCCUUCUGCCUGCUGGCCUUCCUUGCCGUCGGCAUCCUCCUUCUUGCCGCUGGUCUCCACCUGUUUCACACCAUGGAGGUGAAGAUGCUGCACAGCACCGAGGAGCAGAUGCGGAUGGUGCUGCGGACGCUGCAGGAAUGUCCCAGUGACGGCUGAACCGAGGCUGUGGGUGUCCCACAAUACCCCUCCAGCCCCACUGUGUCCCUUUUUGAUCCUUUUUUUAGCUGGCUUCUGGCAGCAGUGCGGCCAAUGCAGUAGUGCAGGUUUGACAUUUGCCUCUGAGAGAAAUUAAGAUAUUGGGGGUAGAUUGCACUGGCCCUUGUGGGAACUACGAUGGACGUGGGGUUUUAUUGCUUUUUAAAUACACCCUUUGUACCUGGAGGAACCUGCUGGCCUGGCUGGGAGGCUUGAAAGACUCAGGCUCCCCAUGCCUGGGGUGGAACGCUGGCAACUGCUCUAACAACCAGAUUUUACUCAGAUAGAAAAUAAAGGCAGUAUUUUAGCCCUU